AUGUCAGUCGUUCAAAAACUUCCAACUUAUCGAGUAUGGAUUUAUACUAUUGGCUGCUUACUUAUGAUUAUACAGUUUAUAAUUCAUUUAUUUGGUACCAUUGGAGCCUAUAUUAAUAAAAAGAUGAUUGUACGAUUAUAUUGGAUAUGCAUGGUGCCAACGAUUUUCCUUGAUUUACUGAAUGCGGUGUUAUGGGCUUUACGUCUUCAAAAAGUUCAUAUAGAUUAUACGGAAUUUCUUAAUGAUACUAUGCAACAAUUAACCAACGGUCAAUAA